ACUCCAUCCACUCACUCCUGCCAUCUCCGCCAUGCAACUCCAGGCCGAGCGAGACCACUUUGUUCAUAGUGGCAUUGGUGGAGGUUCCUCCUCCUCCUCGCCCUCCUGUUCUCCACCCAAGGACUCGCCUUUGUCGGUCAUAAAAGUCCACAAUCUCAAGAAACCGAAAGCAAAGACCAAAGACAAUGAGAAGGAGAAAGGGAAGGAGAUUAAGCACGGGGAAGAAAAGGUGCAGGAAACGAAACAUAAGGAGAUGAGGCAGGAAACCCAGAAGGCCGUUGAGGUGAUUGAGGUCAAGGAUUUAAACAUGAGCAUGGAUAUGGAUGUCGACAUGGAUACGGCGAAGGAUGCAGCGGAUACGGAUGUAGAUAUGAAGAAUAACAAGCGCAAGGAGCUCAAAGCCGGAAAGGCUAUCUUCACUGUCGCCACCGAAGCGGCAACACCGGUCCUCUCAAGAGAUACAAGGGUGACGCUGGAUGCGUCUUACCUCUUGAAACAGCAGUUUGCGACUUCGACGCCACCCUCGUUUACUCCCUCGCUCGCUCCCUUGUCGGCAGCAGCUUUUUCUCAACUUCCCUCAGAACUCUUCUUCAAUGUCUUGUGUCUUCUCGAUGCCCUGGACUUAACUCGUUUGGCCCAGGUGAACAAGUUCUGCGCCAGAAUGGUGAGCGAUAAUGGCGUUUGGAGAGUCAAGAGCAAACAGCAUCCUCUUUUUCUGGAAAGACACAUUCAAGGUCGGCGAGGAGUAGUACCUUGGCUGGAAUAUUACAAGUUCUUGCAUCGAAACAGCAACAUUGUCAAACAAAAUUGGGCCGACGCAAGACCGCAGGCGGUCCAUGUUCUUGAGGGCCAUACCGGGCUUGUUUCUAGCUUAGAAACCUCCAUGUGGACUCUUGUCACGGCCUCGAUCGACUCGACCUUGCGUGUAUGGGACCUACGGACUUUGCAAUGCGUUCGGGUACUCCAUGCGCAGCAACCAUUGACUUGUGUCUCCCAAUCCGAGAUUGCCGGAGCGGCCUGUGCUAGGACGUCGUUUGGCGGUCUGUACGUCUGGGACAUUCGAACAGGAGAGCUCAUUAUGCAGGAUGACACAGCCAUGCCUCAAACUGCCAGUUUUAUGUACAUGGACGAAUGCUACAUUGGAUACGGUCAAAGCGACGGGGCUGUCACCGUAUUUGAUUGGAGCUCGAGGACGACACUCAAAGUCGUGGGUAGUUAUCAGGCACACGAAGGCGAUGUAGGUACCUUUGUUACCAUGCUCGCCAUCCUUCGAUCCACCGUUGCUAUAGCCUGACACUUGCGAUUCAUUUUUACUUAGGUGAUUCAUAUAAGCAUAAUGAACCGCAAGUAUGUAAUCUCUGCCAGCACAAAUGGAGAGACUUUGGUGUACUGCCUGAAGCGAUCUUGCGUCAUGGAGCGGAUUUUGUUGCCGCAUGCAACUCAAGCCAUUCAGUUUACGCCAACAAUUCACGGCGAUAAAGUCAUGUUCUCGACACGGGAUGCGGUGUACGAGUAUGAGCUCAUGUUGGAUUAUCUCAAAUCGGGGAGCGAGCAGGAAUUUUUCAGUUUUGCGGCCAGCAGCUACCCGGAUUCAACGGAAAAG